AUGGAGCAAAGGAGGAGCAGUGAUUCUGUGAAAGGAGUCUGUGAAUAUCAAGGAGCUCACCUACCAGGUACAUUAAAUACUUUAAUUUGACAGGGCACAAUUAAUGCUCAGAAUCAAAUGUAAGAUACAUAUAAUGUUGUUUCCCUUCUUUUUGAGUGCAGACUGAGGAAGACCGUAAAAAUCUGAGCUGCCUGCAGGACCUGGUGGACAAACUGCAGCUGAAGGUCAAAUCCUACAAGAGAACUGCAGAGGAGGCUGUAAGUAACCUUUUAUCAUCCCACGGAUGCAUCUGUAAUUCUCAAAUUGUUUUGUUUGCUAGAAACUUCAUUUAUAUAAAAACAAAUUCACAGGAGGAACAAGCCAAUGCCUAUUUGGGUAAGUUCCGCAAGAUCUAGCAUGAACUGGACGAGGCAGAGGAGAGGGCUGAUAUUGCUGAGUCUCAGGUCAACAAGAUGAGAGCCAAGAGUUGUGAUUCCGGCUCCAAUGUCAGUAAAGACACUUUUUCAAGUGCCCUAAAGGAUCAUUUGCAGACUUCCCAUGAACUUUUGUGUCCCCAUGCAGAUGGCAAAAGUUUCAACUUUGAAUAGCUUUAAGGCACAUUACAUAAAAUAGCUAUUCAUAUCGUUAUAUAUGGGCGCUUACAGCAUUAUGGACAUUACAUUUGCACUCAAAAUUUCAACUUUCAUCUCACAGAAUGGACAAAAACAAAAAUGGAAAUGAAACUUUUGAUUUGUGUGUCUAUAAUACCUCUUGGUGGGAGUGUAUACCCCAAAAAGCGGACUUCUAAAUAUUGGCAUGUUGGAGUAAUCAAGCAAAUUAGUAGAGUUGUCGAUGUUGCAUGAAAUGGACAAGCUUUGUGGGGUGAAAAUAUUAGCAAAUGUCUGUGAGUUUGUAAGCAAAUGUCUGUGAGUUUCGAAGGAAAGGCUUGGCUGAACACAAAAAUAAUUAUUUUAAAAAGAUUGUCAUUUCCAUUCUUACUUUAGAAAGCAAAAACGACCGUUACCAAUGUUUCAACCUCCGUUACGGACGUUAGAGUCUGAAAUAGACAUUCAAAUCUUAAAUAUGUCUUGAUCAAAAUCUAUCAGAACACAAUUGUUUUAAUUUGGAAUGUUUUAAAAAUGUCAGCACAAGGCAUAGUACCUUAGGAUUACAUAAUUACAGGUAGCCUGAAUAGUAUAGUACGCACCACACCCUAAUAGGUCAUUAUAAAAAAUCUUUAUAGAUAUCAAAAUGAACCUCUAUCAGUUGAAUGUAGACACAAAUAUAUAUAUUUUUAAUGUAGUACCAUUUUUUUGUAUUACAAUUGUCCAAAAUAUGCAAAUGAGAUAAUAUACAUGUGCCUAUACUGCCAGUCCACUUUUCUGGACACUGGAUGAGAAGAAACAAAAACACUCCAGGACUAUUCACAUUGUUGAUGAAUACUGUUCUCAUCUAUCUAUCUGAAAAUAGUACUGCCAUGUAUGAGAAAUGCAUUUCAUCAUAAAUCAACAAUAGCUUCAGUAAAAGUCUAAAGAAUACAUCGGAGAACAAGCACAAUAAAUGUGGUGAAUGUACACGCUUCUGAAGCUAACAUAUGAUCCAUUAUUAUCCAUCACAUCCACCACCGUUAUGAUUGUUAUGGAUAUCAUAACGCUAGAAAAGGAUACUGACAAUGAAAAGAGAGAAACCAAUUGAAGAGUUUAUUUUCAAAACGCUACGUCCACCAAUUUUUCACAUUUGUGUUUUUUCAUCAGAAAUGAUUGCUUACGGGUACCUUCAUGUGUGUGUAAAAUAUUACUGUUCUCACAUUUUUAAUUCAAACAUUUUAGAUGUGAAUUAAAAUAUGUUUUGUUUUUUUGCUAAGCAUUAUACUAUACUGUAUAUCCAUUGUUUAGCUGGAAUGGAAUGGAAGUCUAAGUCGAUCUGGAUAAGAGCAUCUAAAUGACUAUAAUGUCAAAUGUAAAUAUUUUACAUACAGAUCUCAUACUACUGUGUUUAAUAAUUAUAGAAAAAUAUACACUACCGGUCAAAACUUUUAGAACACCUACCCAUUCAAGGGUUUUUCUUUAUUUUUACUAUUUUCUACAUUGUAGAAUAAUAGUGAAGACAUCAAAACUAUGAAAUAACACAUAUGGAAUCAUGUAGUAACCAAAAAAGUGUUAAACAAGUCAAAACAUAUUUUAUAUUUGAAAUUCUUCAAAUAGCCACCAUUUGCCUUGAUGACAGCUUUGCACACUAUUGGUAUUCUCUUAACCAGCUUCACCUGGAAUACUUUUCCAAAAGUCUUUAAAGAGUUAUUACAUAUGCUGAGCACUUUUUGGCUGCUUUUCCUUCACUCUGCGGUCUGACUCAUCCCAAACCAUCUCAAUUUGGUUGAGGUCGGGGGAUUGUGGAGGCCAGGUCAUCUGAUGCAGCACUCCAUCACUCUCCUUCUUGGUAAAAUAGCCCUUACACAGCAUGGAGGUGUGUUGGAUCAUUGUCCUUUUGGAAAACAAAUGAUAGUCCCACUAAGCCCAAACCAGAUGGGAUGGCGUAGUGCUGCAGAAUGCUGUGGUAGCCAUGCUGGUUAAGUGUGCCUUGAAUUCUAAAUAAAUCACAGACAGUGUCACCAGCAAAGCACCCCCAAACCAUAACAUCUCCUCCUCCAUGCUUUACGGUGGGAAAUACACAUGCAGAGAUCAUCCGUUCACCCACACGCAUCUCACAAAGACACGGCGGUUGGAACCAAAAAUCUCAAAUUUGGACUCCAGACCAAAGGACAACUUUCCACCGGUCUAAUAUCCUUUGCUCAUGUUUCUUGGCCCAAGCAAGCCUCUUCUUCUUAUUGGUGUCCUUUAGUAGUGGUUACUUUGCAGCAAUUUGACCAUGAAGGCCUGAUUCACACAGUCUCCUGUGAACAGUUGAUGUUAAGAUGUAUCUGUUUGUAACGGUUGGUGUGAGGUGUGACCCAGGUGCGGUGCAGGAUAGACAGUAGGCAGUAGGCAGAGAUGGUGAAACAAGUAUAGGAUACAAAAUAACGGACUGGUCAUGAUAAAAUAAAGGAGGAGCAAAUGUCCAAAAACAGGCUGACAGCAAACAUACGAAAUACUAACUAUGACUGAAAACAACAAUGAAACAAGGAGAACACUUCUCAAGUACCUGUACAUACAUCUCGCGAUCAGACACUGAUUAGUACUGUUUGGCAUCGAGAAACUAGCAGAGAAAACAGAGCAAGGGAACACAGGGAAGUGAGGGCAUAAAUACACAGGUUAACAGGUAGACACAGGUGACACCAAUAGGAUAAUGAUUAGUCCAGACUGUGAGUGAGGAGGUGCCUAAGGUUGUCGGAGGUUGACACCUAGUGGGUCACUCCGGAACUGCGACCCCCUCCUGUAACAUCUGUUACUUGAACUCUGAAAAUGAUUUAUUUGGGCUGCAAUUUCUGAGGCGGGUAACUCUAAUGAACUUACCAUCUGCAGCAGAGGUAACUCUGGGUCUUCCAUUCCUGUGGCAGUCCUCAUGAGUUUCAUCAUAGCGCUUGAUGGUUUUUGCGACUGCACUUGAAGAAACGUUUGAAGUUCUUGAAAUGUUUCGUAUUGACUGACCUUCAUGUCUUAAAGUAAUGAUGGACUGUCGUUUCUCUUUGCUUAUUUGAGCUGUUCUUGCCAUAAUAUGGACAUGGCUAUUUUCUGUAUACCCCCCCUACCGUGUCACAACACAACUGAUUGGCUCAAACGCAUUAAUAAGGAAAGAAUUUCCACAAAUUAACUUUUAAGAAAGCACAUCUAUUACUUGAAACGUAUUCCAGGUGACUACCUCAUGAAGCUGGUUGAGAGAAUGCCAAGAGUGUGCAAAGCUGUCAUCAAGGCGAAGGGUGGCUAUUUGAAGAAUAUCAAAUAUCAAAUAUAUUUAGAUUUUUUGGUUACUACAUGAUUCCAUAUGUGUUAUUUCAUAGUUUUGAUGUCUUUACUAUAUUCUACAAUGUAGAAAAUAGUAAAAUAAAGAAAAACCCUUGAAUGAGUAGGUGUUCUAAAACUUUUGACCGUUAGUGUAACCUGUAUAUGUCACGGUUUCGGCCGAGGCGGCCCCUCCUCCUUGUUCGGGCAGGUUUCGGCGGUCGUCGUCUCCGGAGUACUAGCUGCCACCGUUCUAUGUUUCUUGUUUGAUUGGUUUUGUCUGUUUGUCACACCUGUUUUGUGUUAUGUCUCAUUAAGCACCCUAUUUAGUUCCUUGUUGUUAGUUUAGGUGUUGUGUGUAAUUGUUCCUUGUCGUGUUGCUGCGCUACCUGUUUUGGUGCGCUACCUGUUUUGGUGCGCUAUUUUGUAGCUUACCUCCUUGUUUGUUUUAAGGAGAAGAUUACGCACAUGUUUAGUGCGCCCGUUUGUUUACGCCUGUGCGCGCUUUUCUCGCCUCCGGGCUGUUUUUGGAUUAUAUUUUGUGUGAUCUACUAAAGUCUUUGUUGGACUUAACUUCUGCGUCCUGCGCCUGAUUCCACACCACACCUACCUACAGCAACUCUUGACAGAAUUACACACCCGCCGAAACCUGGAAUACAUUCGGGCAGCUAGGAGACUGAAUCCUCACCAGGCUCGAUGGACUAUGUUUCUCGCCCGGUUUGUGUUCAAGAUCACUUACAUCCCUGGGUCCCAGAACGGGAAAGCAGAUGCCCUGUCUCGGCGGUAUGACACGGAGGAGAGGUGCGUGGAGUCCAUUCCCAUACUACCGGAGUCUUGUCUGGUGGCACCGGUGGUGUGGGAGGUCGAUGCGGAGAUCGAGCGGGCAUUACGCACCGACCCUAGCCCUCCACAGUGUCCGGUGGGUCGGACGUACGUCCCGCUCGAGGUCCGGGAUCGGCUGAUUUAUUGGGCUCACACGUCACCCUCCUCUGGACAUCCAGGUAUUGGCCGGACAGUGCACUGCCUUAGUACAAAAUACUGGUGGCCAACGUUAGCCAGGGAUGUGAGGGUUUAUGUCUCCUCCUGCUCAGUGUGUGCCCAGUGUAAGGCGCCCAGACACUUGCCCAGGGGUAAAUUACAACCCCUGCCCGUUCCACAACGACCCUGGUCUCACCUCUCGGUGGAUUUUGUUACCGACCUUCCCUCCUCACAAGGGAAUACCACCAUCCUGGUCGUUGUGGAUCGGUUCUCGAAGGCCUGUCGUCUCCUUCCCAUGCCGGGUCUUCCUACUGCCCUACAGACCGCUGAGGCUCUAUUUACUCACGUCUUCCGGCAUUACGGGGUACCCGAGGAUAUAGUGUCCGAUCGAGGCCCCCAGUUUACCUCCAGAGUCUGGAGAGCCUUUAUGGAACGGUUGGGGGUCUCGGUGAGCCUUACCUCGGGUUACCACCCGGAGAGUAAUGGGCAGGUCGAACGAGUCAACCAGGAUGUGGGUAGGUUUCUGAGGUCAUAUUGUCAGGGCCGGCCGGAGGAGUGGGCGAGAUAUGUGCCCUGGGCCGAGAUGGCACAGAACUCUCUCCGCCACUCCUCCACUAGACUAACCCCUUUCCAGUGUGUGUUAGGGUACCAGCCGGUUCUGGCACCUUGGCAUGAGAGCCAGAUCGAGGCCCCUGCUGUGGAUGAGUGGGUGCGACGCUCGGAGGAGACGUGGAACGCUGCACACGUCCAUCUGCAGCGAGCCAUCCGUCGACAGAAGACGAGCACCGACCUACACCGCAGUGAGGGGCCAGUGUACGCACCUGGAGAUCGAGUCUGGCUCUCAACCAGAAACCUGCCCCUCCGCCUGCCCUGCCGGAAGCUGGGUCGGCGGUUUGUGGGGCCUUUUAAAGUCCUGAGGAGAUUGAACGAGGUGUGUUACAGGUUACAACUGCCCAUUGAUUACAAGAAUAUUAACCCCUCGUUCCAUGUGUCUCUCCUCAGGCCAGUGGUAGCUGGUCCACUCCAGGAUUUUGAGAUAGAGGAGACUCCUCCGCCCCCAUUGGACAUCGAGGGGGCUCCGGCGUACACUGUUCGGACCAUCCUGGAUUCGAGACGCCGGAUGGGGGGUCUCCAAUAUCUUGUGGAGUGGGAGGGGUACGGUCCGGAGGAGCGGUGCUGGGUGCCGAGGAGGGACAUUCUGGAUCCGUCCCUGCUGACCGAAUUCCAUCGUGGUCAUCCUACGCGCCCUGCUCCGCGUCCUCCUGGUCGUCCCCGAGGCCGGGGGCGGCGCACGGCUGGAGCCGCGCGUCAAGGGGGGGGUACUGUCACGGUUUCGGCCGAGGCGGCCCCUCCUCCUUGUUCGGGCAGGUUUCGGCGGUCGUCGUCUCCGGAGUACUAGCUGCCACCGUUCUAUGUUUCUUGUUUGAUUGGUUUUGUCUGUUUGUCACACCUGUUUUGUGUUAUGUCUCAUUAAGCACCCUAUUUAGUUCCUUGUUGUUAGUUUAGGUGUUGUGUGUAAUUGUUCCUUGUCGUGUUGCUGCGCUACCUGUUUUGGUGCGCUAUUUUGUAGCUUACCUCCUUGUUUGUUUUAAGGAGAAGAUUACGCACAUGUUUAGUGCGCCCGUUUGUUUACGCCUGUGCACGCUUUUCUCGCCUCCGGGCUGUUUUUGGAUUAUAUUUUGUGUGAUCUACUAAAGUCUUUGUUGAACUUAAUUUCUGCGUCCUGCGCCUGAUUCCACACCACACCUACCUACAGCAACUCUUGACAGUAUAUUGAUGUCACAAAUGUUUCAUUAAACAGUUCUUUAUUAAAAAUGUAGUUAUUUGUUACAUUUUGUGUAAAACCUAGCAGUACUACUUAUUUCUCUGAGAGUGAGGUGGAUAUAUAGCGUUUAGCAAAAAAAAAACUGAAACCAUCAAGUGAUAGAUUUUAAACAAAUACAUGUCUGUCAUUGAACUACCCCAUGCCAUGUAAAAACACAACAAUCGCUUUCAUAAUUUCUUAAAACAAUAAAAACUAAUUUACCAACAUUUCUGAAAAUUUAUAUAUAGUGUUUUGAAAUAAACUCUUAAAUUAUAGACCAUUUAAAACCUUGAUGAAAGUUACCUGUACAGAUAACUUUUCAAGAUGAUCCCAUGUAAGUUGCAUGUUGUACAAAAACUUUUCCUAAAAACGGUAUGAUGUUACAUUUCCUAUCCCAGUCACCCCCCUAUCAUUACAAUAUUGUGAACCAUGCAAGCAAAACUCAAGAGGUAGAGGCUGAGAGAGCUGCUCAAGCCAAGGUGGUGAAACAAAGGGCAGAUUUGGCCAGAGAGGUGAGACAGUAAUAGAGAGGAGCAAUAAUAAUAAUAAUAAGCCAUUUAGCAGACGCUUUUAUCCAAAGCGACUUACAUACAUUUUUGUGUAUUAUCCAAAGCGUGCAUACAUUUUUGUGUAUGGGUGGUCCCGGGGAUCGAACCCAAUACCUUGGCGUUACAAGCGCCGUGCUCUACCAGCUGAGCUACAGAGGACCACAAUAGUAAAGUCAUCUUUUUGUAGCCACUAACUCCGUCAUGGCUCGUUGGCCAAAGCCUAUGGGAAAAGUAAUGUUUUUUUUGGAGUGUUUUUGGAUAAACGGCAAAAUAAGGUCUGUAGUAAACACAGGCUUAGGAGAUCUUAUACGUUUUGUUCUCUGAGAUAAUCUUCAUCAGCUAACGUCACCUUUUGUGACUUAUUAAGCAUUUAUGUAAUCAAAAAAAAUACAUAAAGCACAUAAAGGCUUCAUAAUUCAUAAAGGGCAGGUUAACCAACUGAUAUUAUCUCAUGGAACAAAACAUAUAAGAUCUCCUAAACCUGUCUUAACCUCAGACCUUAUUUUCAGCUAUCCCAAACCCCAAUAUCUUCCCAUUCAUUUCGCCCAUAGGAAUGGCUGAACGAACCAAUAAUAAUAAUAAUAAUAAUAUUCCAUUUAGCAGACGCUUUUAUCCAAAGCGACUUACAGUCAUGCGUGCAUACAUUUUUUUGUGUAUGGGUGGUCCCGGGGAUCGAACCCACUACCUUGGCGUUACAAGCGCCGUGCUCUACCAGCUGAGCUACAGAGGACCACAGGUAACUCAUUUCCGUUUUUUAGGACUACAAACUGGCGAGCUCUAUAGAUAACAAUUAAAUACAGUAUCUGCUACCUGAGGUAUGUAGAGGUCAUAUUAAAAGUAAUUUGUCAUAUGUGUAGAACACCAGCCUGUUGAGACAGAAGAAGAAGCUAGAGGGAGACACAUCCCAACUUCAGAAUGAAGUGGAGGAGGCUGUGCAGGAGUGCAGAAAUGCUGAGGAAAAGGCCAAGAAGGCCAUUACUGAUACUGCCAUGAUAUUAACAUCAAUCAUAUCUUUCUAG